ACAAGCGCUGUUCAUUGACAGAAAUGGCCACCACGGAAGUGGAGCGCAGACGAGGCCAGCUCGCUGCUCUGUCCAUAGCAGCAGUAGUCAUCAUCGUGGGAGUCCCCCUGUGGUGGCGAACAACUGAAACGUACCGCGCUUGGUUGCCUGUCAGUCAUAUAAGAGAACUGGCAAAACUCCAGCUCCAGUUGAGUGCUGAUGUGGAGGUUGUGUUUGCACGUGGCACCGUUACACCCGAGCAGCAGAAGAAGGUCCCACUGACACAGACACAGGAUGAAGAACAUGCAGUAGAUGAGGACACAGCUUUGAGGUACAGAUAUGAGACAAGGUAUCGCACAGCUACAAUCAUGGAGGAGGAUGCCCUUAACAAGCCCUCUACUGCAGAAGCGGAUCUAUCUUUGCACAUGCUCAGUGAGUGUCCUUGCGGUUCUUUGGUUAUAUAUGUGAUCCCAGAAUCAUCUUCACUACUACCUGAGGGUGUAAAUGUGUACAUCGGUCAGCGACGGACAGCUCUGCUGCGUAUCGGGGCUCAGAUGAGAGUAGGCAAAACUCUAGAGCAGCUGCUGACUCACCUGGAGCCUCGGAUCAAACAGGUGCUACAGGUGAUGUCUUUUAGCCACACAGACAUUACCGCUGCCCUCAGCGACAGAGUGCGUUUCAACCCUGACAGCAAAGAAAGCAUUGCUGAUAGUAUGAGAGCCUUCAAAUCCAGCCCAGGUUAUGAGAUAACCUUCAGUCUGUUGAACCCAGACCCAAAGUCACACCGGCUACAUUGGGACAUAGAGGGUGCUGUGCAGACCUAUAUCCAGCCUUUGCUUACAAAACUGUCACCUGUAGCCAACUUUAGCAUUGAUUCCCAGACUUUGCACUAUGCUAUGCUUGGUGUUAACCCACGCUUUGACAGCAGCCGCAGUGCCUACACCCUCAACGCUGACAGCCUUGCACAUGUCAUCAACCCAGUGGAAGCCAGACUUGGGUCUAAUGCUGCAUCUUCGAACCCAGUGUUAAAUUUUCUUCUCUAUGUUCCGGAUGCCCAGCACUCUCCGCUUUACAUCCAGGAUCACAAGAAACAAGAAGUGCCCUCUAAUGCAUUUCAUUCCCCACGUUGGGGAGGAAUUAUGGUUUAUAACAUUAACAGUUUAUAUGGACCAGAGGCUAAGUUUCCUGUUAACAUCAACAUCAACAUGGCCAAAGUCAUGGGAGUCUUCCUUGCACAGCUUCGACUGUUGCUGGGCGUACAGUCAUCAGCCUCUCCCUCCGACUUCCUGGUGGCGCCAUGCGGCAGUACAGGACUAGCUGACUGGGAGCUGGAUCGUCUCAUGUGGAGUCGCAGUGUGGAAAAUAUAGCAACAGCCACCACUACCAUCACCUCUUUAGCACAGCUGCUGGACCAGAUAGGCAAUAUUGUCAUUAAUGACAACAUAGCCCAACAGGUAUCCAGUGCUGUCACAACUCUGCAGCUGGCUGUGGCCGAGCUGGAGGCUGGGAACCUUGGCUUUGCUCUUCAGUACAGUAAAGAAGCCAUCUUGGCAUCAGAGAAAGCAUUCUUUGAUCCUUCACUCCUUCAUCUCCUCUACUUUCCUGAUGACCAGAAGUUUGCUAUCUACAUUCCCCUCUUCCUGCCCAUGUGUGUACCUAUUCUGCUGUCAUUGCUCAAAAUAGCAUCUGAGGCUAGACAGAAAUACAGAGAAAAGCAAGCCAAGAAAGACUGAGAGACACCUGAGGAGAGAAAGGUGUGAGUAAUAAAUAUCAUGCUAUGAACACAUUGCUUUGUUUGUGGCCUUUCCCUUUUAAUGCAGAUGUGGAAAAGGUUGAUUUACAGCUAUGAGAUUUUAGGUUUGCAAUUCGGUCAUCGAAUGUGGGAUUUUUUCCUUUGUUUCAUUUUAAGAUGAAUGUCUGUUUAUAGGUUACAUUGAAUGACUGUUGAAACUAAUACUGUACAAUUGAAAGCUUGAAUUCUUGUAAAUGUGUACAACUUUUAUAUUUGAAUUACUUUCUAUUCUAAGUUAUUAAGAAAUAAAGACUAAAGUCU